CUAUGGUACCUAUCAUGGUAGUUACUGGUUAGAAUAUUAUGUUGGAACUUUGGAAGUUGGUCUAUCGAUCAGUGUGCUUCGCUUUGAGUUGAUCGUUGUGCGCACUCUCAAGUUGUCACUACUCAUCGUCUUUGUUAUAAUAUCGUUGUGGUCACGAUUCACGACGAUAUUCGCAUCUCGCAAUAUAGACAAACGGUAAUCGUGGAAUAAUAUUGAUAUAUUGUCAUUUGCUCAUCGCACUUCUGUCGUUGUUCCGUUUCUAUCGACGUUACCGCCAAAAUUAUGUCCAUCUGCACGUUUUUGGGCAAGUACAUAUUGUACUUGUUCAACCUGUUGUGUCUCAUCUCCAGCGUUGGCAUUCUGUCCAUUGCGUUCAUCAUCAAUCACAAACUGUACAAAUGGUCGAAUUUCAUAAGCACGGAACUCAUCACCACACCUCAAAUACUUUUGGCCAUUGGAAUCGGACUUUUAAUUAUCUCCAUCAUCGGUCUGUGCGGUGUCCUUAGAGACGUUGGAUGGCUUUUGACACUGUUUUCCAUACUGCUAACAAUUGUCUUGAUUGGCGAACUCAUUUUAUCCGGUUUCGUUUAUUACAUGGGCGGUGAAAUCAAAGGGUAUGCGUUGAAUCAGAUGAACAAUACAAUUUCUUCAUACAAUAAAACUGGUUAUGAAGCCUCCACACAAACUUGGAAUUUGAUACAGUCAGACAUUGAAUGUUGUGGAAUUUAUGGACCAAAAGAUUGGGAACCAGUUACACAUAGCAAUAAACUACCUACAUCUUGUUGCUAUGCCAUACCGUUAGAUGGAUUUUGUACAGACAUUGAAUCAUAUAAAGACGGCUGCUUCAAUAAGUUUGAAAGUAUUCUAGAGGAAAACAGUGAAAUAAUAAUAUGGACAGCAAUUGGAUUUGCUUUAAUUCAGCUUUUUGCUGUAUUUUUAGCAUGUUGUCGCAAGUGUUCUUUACACAAAGAAUAUGAAACAGUUUAAACAUAAUUAUCAUUAAAGUUUUUAGUUGUUAAUAGAGCUACAUAAAGAACAUGUACUAUUAAUACCAGUUUAUAUAAUUUCUCCCAAUAUUUUUAUUUCUUUCAUUUGUAAAUGAUCAUGUAUUUAGAUAAUCUGAUAUAGGCACUAGAUAUUAUAUUUAAUAAUUAUUAUUAAUGUUUGGUGGUGUUUACAGUGAUCUAGUGAUCUAUAAUUUUCAGUUUCUACAUUGAUUUAUUGACUAAUUUUAAUACAAUUUGUUAAACAUACUUGUUUAUUUAAAACUUAAACUUUCAUUUAUUAUUAAUUGCAAUUGUUCUUUACACAUAAAGCAAACACUUUAAAACCAAUUAUUCAAAUAAUAUCAGAGCAUGUAUGGUAUAUACAAUUUUAACUAAUAUUUUGAAUUUAAUAAUGAAUCAAAUUGUAAUAUUGUAUACAAAUAAACAAUAUUAAGUAUUCAUGGAAUAAUUUAUUAUUUCAUAUAUUAUUUGGUAUAAUUUUUACACUUUUUUUACGAUUUUUUAAAAAAUAUUUUAAACUUAGCCUUACUACUUAUACUUCUAUAUUGUAUUAUGUUAAGUU